AUGAACGCGAACGCGCGCGCGUGGGGUGGGCGCGCCGGUGGGGAAGGGGUGGCCGCCGCCGGCGCGCGCGGACGCGGCGCGCGCGUCGCGCGACGCGGCGCGGCGUUCACGCGCGAAGACUUUGAGAUGGAGCGGCAGAUCGGUGAGGGGUCGUUUGGGGUGGUGUAUGAAGGGCGCGUGGUGACGAACGGGGCGAGAGGGCUG